AUGUCACAGCUCGCGUACCUAUCAAACCGCUCGUACGUCUUCGAAGACUACGUGUGGUCAAAACUCCCCUUUCCGUACACCAUCUACGACUUCGCGCUACGACCAACGCGCAUGCCCAUCAACGCAUUCAUCUCGGGGCCUAGCGCCGGCGGGCCCAUGUCCGGCCCCCAAGCGGUGAGUUCGGAGUUCUGGGACUCCGUCUGUCCAAAGGAGAAGCGGCGGAUUAUCACCACGGAAGGAGCGCCGCCGAGCAAGGGGACGGACGGCAGCGUGCUGAUGGACUGGUGGGUGCAGCGGCUCGCGAAGGUCGAGGAUAGCUGCGUCGAGAUGGAGCAGGAUUCGCUAACAGACCCUAUAUUCGACAAAUACCUCUUCGGCGGGAAGGAAAUCCUUUCCCUGUGGCCGGGUCUCUCCGCCUCCCCCAUCCUCACCGAUUUCAUGUGGUCCCCCCUCGUACACUCCGCAAUCUUCCGAAACUUCCCCAUCCUCCGACCAUACUCCGCCAAGGUUCUCUAUGACUCUUCCACCACGGGCGUCCUCCCUGGGCUCGUCGCCGUACACCCCCGCCGUGGCGACUUCAAACGGCACUGCGCGCGUCUCGCCGGCUGGAACUCGGAAUAUAUGGGCCUCAACCAGUUCCCGUCGCUGCCGGACAAGUUCGAUCCCACGCCGUAUAUCAACACGACUCGCGAGGACGAGAAGACGGAGUACUACUUCGAGCACUGCCUACCGACGACGGAGCAGAUUGUCGAGCGGCUACGUAAGGUGCGGGAGGACCACCCGAGCUUGAGCCGCGUCUACCUCCUCACGAACGGGUGGGGCUGGUGGCUUAGCGGGCUCAAGGACGCGCUGCGCGAGGAUGGAUGGGCGGACGCGACAAGUUCGCUUGACAUUCAGCUCGACGCUGCGCAGAGCUACGUCGGUAUGGCCGUUGACAUGGCCAUUGCUGAAAAGGCGGAGGUGUUCUUUUCGAGUCUGUCAUCGAACGUGGUCAUGUUGCGUAUGGCGAAGGGCCUGGAGCCGGCGUCCAAUCGGUUCCUGUAGAGUCGUUAUGUUUUCUGCAUCGCAUUGUAUCAAUAAGUUAUGUACGGAUCCCGAUACCAGCUAUAAUAUCACUAUGUACAUUC